CGCCGCAGGGUCCUUACCCCCCGCCGCGGUUGUCUCCCCUCCGCAGUGCCUCUGGAUGGAAGAGCACGGCGUGGCGCAGGCGGAGCACAUGGCCACCAUCGAGGCGCACGCCGUGGCCCAGCAGGUGCAGCAGGUGCACGUGGCCACCUACACGGAGCACGGCAUGCUGAGCGCCGACGAGGACUCGCCCUCCUCGCCCGAGGACACGUCCUACGACGACUCCGACAUCCUCAACUCCACGGCCGCCGACGAGGUCACGGCUCACCUGGCGGCCGCGGGCCCUGUCGGGAUGGCAGCAGCCGCUGCCGUGGCAACGGGGAAGAAACGGAAGCGACCACACGUCUUUGAAUCCAACCCUUCCAUCAGGAAGAGGCAGCAGACACGUUUGCUCAGGAAGCUCCGAGCCACGCUGGAUGAGUACACCACGCGGGUGGGGCAGCAGGCCAUCGUGCUCUGCAUCUCACCCUCCAAACCCAACCCUGUCUUCAAAGUGUUCGGGGCCGCGCCCUUGGAGAACGUGGUCCGCAAGUACAAGAGCACCAUCCUGGAGGACCUGGAGUCGGCGCUGGCGGAACACGCGCCCGCGCCUCAGGAGGUCAACUCGGAGCUGCCCCCCCUGACCAUCGACGGCAUCCCCGUGUCCGUGGACAAGAUGACCCAGGCACAGCUGAGAGCCUUCAUCCCUGAGAUGCUGAAGUAUUCCACGGGCCGUGGGAAGCCAGGCUGGGGCAAGGAGAGCUGCAAACCCAUCUGGUGGCCCGAGGACAUUCCCUGGGCCAACGUCCGCAGCGACGUCCGCACGGAGGAGCAGAAGCAGCGGGUGUCCUGGACCCAGGCCCUGAGGACCAUCGUGAAGAACUGCUACAAGCAGCACGGGCGCGAGGACCUGCUCUACGCCUUCGAGGACCAGCAGACCCCGCAGACCACGACCACGCACAGCAUCGCCCACCUGGUGCCCUCCCAGACCGUGGUACAGACCUUCAGCAACCCCGAUGGCACCGUGUCCCUCAUCCAGGUUGGCACCGGCGCCACGGUGGCCACGCUGGCCGACGCCUCCGAGCUGCCCACCACGGUCACCGUGGCACAAGUGAACUACUCCGCGGUGGCCGACGGAGAGGUGGAGCAGAACUGGGCGACGCUACAGGGGGGUGAGAUGACCAUCCAGACGACGCAGGCGUCGGAGGCCACGCAGGCGGUGGCAUCGCUGGCAGAGGCAGCUGUGGCAGCGUCCCAGGAGAUGCAGCAGGGAGCCACUGUCACCAUGGCACUCAACAGUGAAGCUGCUGCCCACGCCGUGGCCACGCUGGCCGAAGCCACUCUCCAAGGGGGGGGACAGAUUGUCCUGUCUGGAGAAACGGCGGCGGCGGUCGGAGCCCUCACCGGCGUGCAGGAUGCCAAUGGGAAGGUGGAGCCAAAUGAGUCGCUAGCAGCUUGGCAAAGUGCAGAUCAGCUUGCUUGCGCCGAGGAGGACAGGAAGGAAAGAGUCAAGCUUGUUGUAGGGCCUUCCUGGUGGGAACAGAAUUUUUUAAUGAAGGUUUACCCUGAAACAGGUAGGAUUUAUUCCCGAUGUGAAGGAAAGGUGAGGAAAAUCAGGUUUGGCAGAUGUGUUUCAGAGGAGAGGGUAGGAAAGAGGCUGGCAGCCAAGGAGGAAAGAUAAAAGGGGUGAGUGGGAAUUCCUGGAUUCACUGAGCAGCUCCAGGAACAGGGAGAGGUGUUUCCUAGAGGACAAAUUACUGGGCACAAAUGGAUAAUUAUCAGCAACAGGGCCUUGAUGGACUCUAAAAUACCUUGGCAUAAGCCUCAGUCAUGAGCUUAACCUGUGUCAAGUCUGGGUCUGUUCUCCCAGGGAACAAGGGACAGGACCAGAGGAAACAGCCCCAAAUCGCACCAGGGGAGGUCCAGGUUGGAUAUCAGGGAAAAUUCCCUCAUGGAAGGGGCUGUCAGGCAUUGGAAGGGGCUGCA